UUACUAAACUGGGAUUCUUUGGGGAUGGAGCCUAGGAAACUGCAUUUUUAACAAGCAUCUCCAGUGAUUGAUUAGGGUGGUCCAAGGAGAUUUAGGAAAGACUGAAAUGUGGGUUUUGAAUGAGGUGGGGCAGACAGUAACUUUCAGAUGUGGCCACAAGGUGGCAACAGAGAGAUGGAAAACGGGAUCUCUGUAGGUGACCACCCAGACAAAGCUGCAGGUGGGCAGACACUGGGACUGGCUCUGGGAGGAGGUGGGCCCUGUACUGUGGCACCGUCUCUUUUGCCAUGUGGAGUUUGUUAUUGCAGCCUAAUCCCCUGUGGCUGCCUGUCUCAUUACCGGAUCUUUAUGGACACUCUGCUUUUGCCGAACUCUGCUGGUGGAAACUGCAUUUGUGUGACCUUGGCUGGGCUAUGGGUGGUGCUGAGUGUAGCAGGCAAGGGAUGUCACCUGUGCAGGGCAGCUGACUCAGAGGACGCCAGUGCAGUGUUGAAAGCAGGACCUUCCGCACCCCCUCUGCCAGGCAGAGGUGAGGGGAAGAAUGAGGAGCUGCGCCUUUACCACUACCUCUUCGACAACUAUGACCCAGGACGCCGGCCAGUGCAGGAGCCCGAGGACACUGUCACCGUCUCCCUCAAAGUCACCCUGACCAAUCUCAUCUCCCUGCUCUCCCCCAUCAUCUUCAUCUCCCACCCACAGAACGAGAAAGAAGAGACCCUCACCACCAGCGUCUGGAUUGGAAUCGACUGGCAAGAUUAUCGACUCAACUACAGCAAGGGCGACUUUGGGGGCGUAGAAACCCUGCGGGUCCCUUCAGAACUCGUUUGGCUGCCAGAGAUUGUGCUGGAAAACAAUAUCGACGGCCAGUUCGGGGUGGCCUACGAGGCCAAUGUGCUGAUCUCCGAGGGCGGCUACGUGAGCUGGUUGCCCCCGGCCAUCUACCGCAGCACCUGUGCCGUGGAGGUCACCUACUUCCCUUUCGACUGGCAGAACUGCUCGCUCGUUUUCCGCUCCCAGACGUACAAUGCCGAAGAGGUGGAGUUUGUCUUUGCGGUGGACGACGAGGGCGAGACCAUCAGCAAGAUCGAUAUCGACACUGAGGCCUAUACUGAGAACGGCGAGUGGGCCAUCGACUUCUGCCCCGGGGUGAUCCGCCGCCACGACGGUGACUCUCCGGGUGGCCCAGGGGAAACUGACGUCAUCUACUCGCUCAUUAUUCGUCGGAAGCCGCUAUUCUACGUUAUUAACAUCAUCGUGCCCUGCGUGCUCAUCUCGGGCCUGGUGCUGCUCGCCUACUUCCUGCCCGCGCAGGCCGGCGGCCAGAAAUGCACCGUUUCCAUCAACGUCCUGCUCGCCCAGACCGUCUUCUUGUUCCUGAUUGCCCAGAAAACCCCAGAGACAUCGCUGAGCGUGCCUCUGUUGGGCAGGUACCUCAUUUUCGUCAUGGUGGUUGCCACACUCAUUGUCAUGAAUUGCGUCAUCGUGCUCAACGUGUCAUUGCGGACGCCCACCACUCACGCCAUGUCUCCGCGGCUGCGCCACGUGUUGCUGGAGCUGCUGCCUCAGCUCCUGGGCUCCGGCGCGCCGCCUGAGAUCCCCCGGGCUGCCUCGCCCCCAAGGCGGGCGUCGUCCCUGGGCCUCCUGCUCCGCGCGGAGGAGCUGAUACUGAAAAAGCCGCGGAGCGAACUCGUAUUUGAGCAGCAGAGGCACCGGCACGGAAACUGGACCGGUGAGCGGACUAGCCCGAGGGGGCCAAGGGGGGCGCCUUCAAGGGCGAGGCUCUUGAUCACCCACCCCAGGUCGCCCCCACCAGCUACCCUCUGCCAGAACCUGGGCGCUGCCGCCCCCGAGAUCCGCUGCUGUGUGGAUGCCGUGAACUUCGUGGCUUCAAGCACGCGGGACCAGGAAGCCACUGGCGAGGAGGUGUCCGAUUGGGUGCGCAUGGGGAAGGCCCUUGACAGCAUCUGCUUCUGGGCCGCUCUGGUGCUCUUCCUCGUGGGCUCCAGCCUCAUCUUCCUCGGGGCCUACUUCAACCGAGUGCCCCAGCUGCCCUACCCGCCGUGUAUGUAGGCCACAGCCACACCAAGAAUUCCCACCCGUCUCCAGGAGGAUAUUUGAAAAACACCUUGCUACCACUGCUUUAUUACUAUCCUUUCCCACUGCCAAUGAUAAAUCUGUAUUCAACUUCACAAGGA